AUGCCUCCAAAUACUGCAUACUCACACUUCGCCUCACAACACUACAAGAUGAAGGCCCUAACUAUCUCGCCGCCCCUUCUGAACUCCUCAAAUCCAUGGUGCACCUCGCUCGCCCAGCUUCAAGAACUUUAUGACUGUCCACACACUGGAGCCGUCACGACGCGGACAUCGCUCCUCAAGGGAUUCCCGCACAACUCUUCUGUACAUCAAUUCGCCUUCUUCAACCCUCGAUCCCUUUCGGCGUCCGAGACCAGCCAGGACAAAGGAGGCACGUCAGACCAGAGCGGCAGCUUGAAUACGCUGGGGUACAGUCCAACAUCGAUACGAGAAUAUCUAGAAUACAUCCGAACCAUUAGCGAUGGACUUAAGGACCUCAAUGAUGGAGAGCAUCGCAAACCGUUCAUUAUUUCAGUGACCGGAUCAGAAGAGGAUGUAGUAGAGUGCUACAAGCUCAUAAGUGCCCACCAAAAACACGUUCAAAUGGCCCUUGCCAUGGAAGUCAAUCUCUCCUGCCCGAAUAUUGUAGGGAAGCCACCACCGGCGUAUUCUUCGACUUCCUUGCUGUCGUACUUGACGGCUCUCAAAGGGGAAAUUGGCAAGCAAUUAAAACCACUACAACAAUCGCAUCCACACGGGGGACAUGUUCAUGUACCCAUAGGCAUAAAGACACCGCCAUAUACGUAUCACGAUCAGUUCCAGGCGAUGAUCGAUGCGCUGUUGGAGAGUGCUAAAGCUGAGCCGAAGCACCUUCCGUGCCCUGUGUCAUUCAUUACCGCGACAAACACUUUAGGAUCUUCGCUACUACUCACACCUCAAGUUCCGGCUGAAGGCGAUCCGGCUCAGUCAACUUUCGAGGCCACCAUCAAAUCUGCAAACGAAACAGGAAUCGGUGGACUAGCUGGCACACCAUUGCAUCCUCUAGCUUUGGGCAACGUCUAUACGAUCAGAGGGAUGCUGUUCCAACAUGACACCCUGUCUGGUAUCCAAAUUAUCGGGGUUGGCGGAGUCGAGGACGUACACGGCUUCGAUCGAAUGCGAGCAGUCGGCGCGGCAGCCGUAGGCGUAGGAACAGCAUUGGGCAGAAAAGGCGUCGACAUCUUCGCCGAAAUAGCAAAAGGGCCAGAGAGCAAGUCGUAG